GGGGCGGGCCGGAAGGAGGCGCCGGUUUGAAGGCAGCGGCGGGAGGGGCGGCGCGGUGCCGUGUAGUGCAGGAACAUUGGAGUAUGUGCAACACUGGAAGUCAAGUGGAAUAAGUAGAUCAUUGUCAAACCUUUAUUUUGAACUUGAUCCAACAAAAAGGGAAAUUGGUAGAAAAUGUCACCAGGGAAAGUUCUGCAACCUGUACUGAAAAUGAAGGUGGAUGAACUCUUUUUGUGCUGGUUGAGUCAGCCUGCAACUCAGAUGACACUAAAGGACUGCUUGAGAAGAAUCAAGAAUGAGGAAAAAACAGAGACUGGUAGUGGAGAUUCAGGAAAUGGUAAAAAUGAGAGGUUCACUAAUAAAAAUUCCAGUUCCCAGCAGUGCAUAUUUGGAGAUACCAGAUUGCCUUUGAUAUCUUUCAGUCCUCCUCAAGUUUCUAAUACUCUUCCAUUGGCAACUCCAGCCAACCCAAGGAAUGCCUCUAAUUUUAGAGCAACACGUCGAUCCUCAGGAAACAGAGUAGUUCAGACAAAGAAGGAAGAAACUUUGCCACCAUCGCUUAGUCAAAACAUUCCAACUUUCUAUUUUCCUCGAGGAUGUCCUAAGGAAAAAGUGAAUAUAGAUGCUGUGAUUGCCAAAAUUGAGAGAACUUUCUCUGAGUUUCCAAAUGAGAGAGCAACGUUAGAAGACAUGGGGAAGGUUGCAAAGGCUUGUGAAUGCCCGCUUUACUGGAAAGGUCCUUUGUUUUAUUGUGCUGGAGGUGAACGAACAGGAUACGUGUCAGUUCAUAAAUUUGUUGCAAUGUGGCGGAAAAUACUUCAGACCUGCUAUGAUGAUGCUGCAAAGUUUGUUCAUCUUCUAAUGAACCCUGGAUGCAACUACUUGGUGCAAGAAGACUUCAUUCCUUUUUUACAAGAUGUGGUGAAUAGUCAUCCUGGUCUAUUAUUUUUAAAAGAAGCAUCUGAAUUUCAUUCUCGGUACAUUACCACAGUUAUACAGAGAAUAUUUUAUACAGUAAAUAGGUCCUGGUCUGGGAAAAUAACUUGUAACGAGCUCAGGAAAAGCAACUUUUUGCAGAAUGUGGCAUUAUUGGAAGAGGAAGCUGAUAUUAACCAGCUGACAGAGUACUUCUCAUAUGAACAUUUUUAUGUUAUCUAUUGCAAAUUUUGGGAGCUGGAUACAGACCAUGACCUCUAUAUUGACCGGAAGGAUUUAGCUCGACAUAAUGAUCAUGCAAUUUCAAAUAGGAUGAUAGAGCGGAUCUUCUCAGGAGCAGUAACAAGAGGUAGAAAAGCACAAAAAGAUGGGAAGAUUAGCUAUGCUGAUUUUGUCUGGUUUUUGAUAUCUGAAGAGGACAAAAAGACACCAACUAGCAUUGAAUACUGGUUUCGCUGCAUGGAUCUUGAUGGGGAUGGUGCUUUGUCUAUGUAUGAAUUGGAGUAUUUUUAUGAAGAACAGUGCCAAAAAUUGGAUAACAUGGCCAUAGAACCUUUGCCAUUUGAAGACUGUUUGUGCCAGAUGCUGGAUCUCGUGAAGCCACAAUAUGAAGGAAAAAUUACUCUGCACGACUUAAAGCGAUGUAAGUUGACAAAUGUGUUUUUUGACACUUUUUUCAACAUUGAAAAAUACCUUGACCAUGAACAGAAGGAUCAGUUUUCCAUGUUGCGGGACGGUGAAGGGGAAAGCCAAGAGAUCUCUGACUGGGAGAAGUAUGCUGCUGAAGAGUAUGAUAUCUUGGUAGCAGAAGAGGCAGCAAGUGACCAGUGGAAUGACGGGUAUGAAGCAGAACUGAGUCCUGCAGACCAUCAGAAGGCCAAUGUCCUCAAGUAUCAAAUGGAAAAAAGACCGUUUUUUGACAUGCCUUCCCAUCUGGCUGAUGUAGACUUGGAUGACUACGACUACGAAGAGGACUUUGAGUAGCAGUCACUCAGGGUCAGCACAUGCAGAAGAGAAGGGACAGUCUGCAGCGGGUCUGCUACAUGCCUGUAUGUUCCAGUGGGGUUUGUUGCCAGGGAGUCAGCUUAGUUUUGUGCUAAAAAUAUUUAAUCACUACACUACCUUUUAAAUAAAAGAAGCGCAUUUGUAUGGAAUGAUGAAAUUUUUUUUAUUUAUUCAAUAGUCUAUAGUUUGUAAAAUAGAUUAAAAAUAUUUAUUUACAGAUGUUGCGUAAUUCCUUUUGGAAAGAUAACAAUAUUUGACUUUAGAGACAAGUAGUCUACUGUUUUUAAGAGAACCGUGUAACUCUUCUCAAAGUUGGUGUGGUGCACUGGCCAUCUCCAUCCCGCUCCUGUCCCUGCAUGGGAGGUGAGGAGACCAUUGCCACCAGGCCUGCCCUGCAGGUGACCCUGGGGCUUUUGCGCCUCGGCAAGGAGGAGGCAGGAUUGUGAGCGUGUGGCUCGACUCCCGCUUACAAGCAGGGUCUGACCUGACAAACUGAGCAUCUUGGUGCAUGACAAGGAGAGCGAACGCCUCAGACACAAGUUGCUUCUAUUCUCUGUAUAGUCCUUGUUUACCCCAACUCUAAUUCUGCUUGCCCUUUUAAACUUCAGUCUUUUCAUUGAUGUUCAUUACGAAAGGAUUAUUUAAUGAUGAAGUCUGUUUCAUACUUGAUCCAAAAUGAGUGUGUUCAUUCAUGGAGAAGGAACCAAUUUUUUAAAAAUCCUUUGUAUAAAUGUUACUUGAUCAGUGAUGUGCACUAAUUUGUUGUGGGCAUUCAGCGCUUUUGUCUGUCCCCCCCCUUCAGUUGUUUGCUAUUGACACAUUCCAUGGAUCUUCAUCAGUGUCACAGCAGCUUGAAAUUGUUGCCUCACUCUUACUGUUAAACAACAGAUUUUGUUGGGGAAAAAAAUUAAAAAAAUGUACAAAAAGAUGUAAGUUAUUUUUUGGUUGCAGUGUAGAUUUGUUGAAAUGUUUAAAAAUCAUGUUUGUAUUUUCAAAUAAAGAUUUUCAUACAUGUAA